UGUGCCUUCGUUGAAUUGUCUACCGGCUAAGUGGCUGGGUGGCAUAUUCCCACGAGAGCUCACGGCAGACGGGAGUCUUGCAACCUGAACGACUGCGGAAUACACCCAUGCCUUCUUGCUAAGCGUGUCGACUUGUUUUCCGAUAAAAUGGCAGCAGUUGCUAUCCGCGGCCCUAUCCUGGAGGUAGAUGAGUAUGUCGACCCUAAGAAUAUUGAACGAGAUUCGUUGAAAAUUAUCUCACGAGUCCGACCACUUUGGAAAGGGGACAAGGUCAGGUUUGAGCCAUGUGCCGGUGCUGGUUUUAUGAACACCAUGCUCAUCUGUCACCAUGGGAACGAGAUGAUUGACGCCCUGAUUAUCCGGGUAUUCGGAGAAGGAAUGGACUACAUGAUGAACAAGACCCAGGAAUUGACCGUCACGAAACUCUUUCAUGAAAUCGGGGUUUCGCCGAUUAUCCACUGCAUCUUCAAGAAUGGUGUCUGCAUGGAGUUUGUCCAGGGGACAACAUACGCCUGGGCCAAUCUGUCUGGAUUGGCAGAUAUCAAAGUGGUCAAAGCUGUGGCGAGGGAACUGGCCAAGGUGCACAGUCGUCAGACAGCGAAGCUUGCACUUAGCAAGUAUGGGUAUGGUUUCAAUAAGGAGGAAGCAGAGUCCGUCAGGAAGAUCAAGGAGUUCAUUGACAACUGGCCGACCGCAAUAGGGGAACCCGAUGCGGAUAAGCUGUUCAGAACAAACUUUCCCUCACUUGAACAAUUGAAAGAAGAAACGGCUAUAAUUCUAGAUGUGAUGGAACGAAUGCACAAGACAUUACUGAUUUGCCACUCCGACCUUAACCCUACGAAUGUCAUUUACAUUCCUGAACAAGAUCGCGCCGUUUUUGUUGACUACGAUUUCUCAGGGUUCAACUGGCGUAUUAUGGAUCUGGCAACUUUCAUUGAAUUCUCAGCAAUAGGUUUGACGCCCGAUGUUGAAGGUACCAAGCGCUUCUCUGACGACUUCAUAAAGGAGUUCCUGCGAGAAUACCUGAACGCCAAGCGUUCUCUGGGGGAGAUCGACCAUGAGGUGUCUGAUAGUGACGUGGAUCAUCUCUUCAAGCUGACUAUGAAAGGAAUUCUGGGGGUCUACCUUCUCUACGGAAUGGUGUUUGUCUGCCUCGCCUACGGUGAGAGGGAGAGACAUGGCCUCAGAAAGGUCGACCUGAUCGGCGUCGCUAGCACCAUGGUGACUUGGUACUUCAAGAAUAAGGAUGCUAUCCUAGCAACGGACACCGAGACACAUGCACCAUGGCCAUGAGAAAAAACAUUAAUAUACACCAAGCAAGCUAAAAAUCUUAAAAAGAAAGCAUUAUAUAAAAUGAACUGAUCAUGGCUGAUUUUCCUCUAUCACCGGUUCUCAAGGGUAUCUUCCACACAGCGCCAUUUGAUCUUGUCUAUAAGCCGGUAGUUAUCUCCGUAGUUGGUUGAAAUUGUUCAUUUAAAUUCGUCGUGAUUUGGGCCAGAUGCCACGAAAUGAGAAACCGAGGACUGAUUGUCUAAUGACAUAUAUUCAAAUGCACCAAUCAUGGAAUAAGAUGUUGCCUGUACAAAACCUGUAUCAGAAUUAUAAUAACGUUUUUCACGUCGAAUAAAGCAAUUUAUUGGUGUA